CUUCGGAUGUGGGUGGCAAUAAUGACAAGAGAUUGUUUUGUUUGUCUAGAAGUUGCAGUCAAUAAAGAAUAGUUUUAGUAUUAUGGCCCUGUUGCCGCUGUAACUGUAACUCCCAACAGGUUACAGGCCCAUCAAAAAAAUAAAAUAGAAAAAAAAAAUGAACUCAGGCACAGGCACAGACUCAGGCUCAGGCAGAGCCGAAGCGGAACGGUUGAUUGCAAUCGGCGAGAAGCUUCUGCAGAGCCGCGAUCUGAACGGCUCACGCGACUUCGCCAUUCUGGCGCAGGAAGCCGAGCCGCUCCUCGAAGCCUCCGACCAGAUCCUGGCCAUCGCCGACGUCCUCCUCGCCGCGGAGACCCCGGUCGGCGGCGACCACCUGGAUUGGUACGGCAUCCUCCAGCUGGAUCGCACGUGCGAAGACCAAGAUCUCAUCCGCAAGAACUACCGAAGGCUCGGCCUCCUCCUCCACCCGGACAAGAACCCUUUCACCCUCGCCGACCACGCCUUCAAGCUCGUCUCCGACGCCUGGGCCGUUUUAUCCGACCCGGCCCAGAAGCCCGCCUACGACCGGGCCAUCGCCGUCCCGGCCCAGCCCGCCACAUUCUGGACCGCCUGCCCCUACUGCUAUUUCCUCUACGAGUAUCCCGCCGCGUGCCAGGGCUGCUGCCUCAGGUGCCAGAAUUGUGAGAGGUCGUUUCAUGGCCUUUCCAUUCCCUCUCUCCCGCCGCUCGUGCCGGGCCAGGAGGCCUAUUAUUGUAACUGGGGCUGCUUGCCCAUGGGCUUUGUUUUUGGUAAAUUGGACCCCAAUGGGCCUGGCCCUAUGGUUGAGAAUGGUCCCGAUGUUGUUGGACCCGUCGCGGUGGAGAAUGGGGUUGGGGUUGCUUCCAGGAAGCCUGGAAGGCCGCGACAGGUGCUUUGAGUUUUGCUUACGGUGGAGGAGGUAGGGUUUUUUUUAGUUAAUUAUUUCUUUCUUUCUUGUACAUGUGCUCUCAUGCUUCAUGUUAUAAAUGUAGAUUAGUGUUGCUCAAUAAUAUCGCUCCUUUCUUUUCAUUAAUGCCAAUGGAGAAUAAUGUUUAUGGA